AUGACUCCUGUUGCAUUGAACUUAUUUAAAAAAUUCCAACGAAGCAAAUUAUGGGAAAUAGUGCUAAUAGGUGGUAAGGUAGGUAAAGUAGUCAUAUUUGAUAUUAUUGGUGGUGACGGUGGUGGCGGUGAUAACGAAGAUGAAAUAUUUUCUAAUUCUAUCGAUUCUUGUGAUGAUGAAGAAGUAGAUAUUGAAAUAGGUUUAGUAAGAAGAAGGGAGUUUUUAGAGGAAAUACCAGUUGUAUGGUGUCGUGACAUUAAUUAUAUUACACCUAAAAACUCCCUUCUUCUUACUAAACCUAUUUCAAUAUCUACUUCUUCAUCAUCACAAGAAUCGAUAGAAUUAGAAAAUAUUUCAUCUUCGUUAUCACCGCCACCACCGUCACCACCAAUAAUAUCAAAUAUGACUACUUUACCUACCUUACCACCUAUUAGCACUAUUUCCCAUAAUUUGCUUCCUCGAAUAUUACCAUCUCCAUCUCCUUCGUCAUCAUCUCCAUCCUCUUCAUCAAUAAUACAACAACAGCAGCAGCAGCAGCAGCAACCAACACCUACUACACCUUACCUAAAUACUUACCCUCCUUUCUUAUCAUCUCCAAAUUCUCAUUCCUCGCCCUCUCUUUAUCUAGCUUUUUCUAAAUUUAAUUAA